ACAGCCAUCACUCCAGCCCUCUCGUGUUCAUCUGGGAACUCAUUGGACGAAAACCAAAACAUCGUGAUAAAAGAUCCCUCCGGUGUCCUCAAAACCCCUGGGUAUCCAUCCAGUUACCCUGUCACGCAGUGCUACUGGAAGAUAUUCACAGCCAAAGGAAAAGUGGUUCGAGUGGAUUUUUCGUCCUUUCGACUUGCAGUAGGAGCUUGUAUUGAUGUUGUGCAGACAAUAAAUAAGAAAAACUCGAUCUUAACAUCUCAUUGUGGACAGAAACCAUCGUUUGUUGUUUACUCAAUGACAAAUGAACUCGGUAUCCGGGUCCGAGAACUCUACAGCACUGGUCCAGGUUUCAUUGCGAACUACACAACGGUGACCGCAGAUUCAUCGGGAACUUGCAAGCCAAGUGAAAACAGCACUGUGCACAUGACUGGUGAAGGAAUGAGCUUCGCAAGUCCGAACUUUCCUCUCCAUCCUGGAGACGGAUCAUGUCAUUGGAAUAUCUCUGUACCCCCCGGGAACUUCAUAAGGCUUACCUUCUGGUACGUGUACGGAUCAUGUAACAGCAGUUAUGUGGAGGUUUAUGACGUAACGAAUUCCACGUGGAUAUAUCUGAGGAAGUUCUGUUAUCUAUUCAAAGCGGAAGUGGUUUACUCAAGAGGAAGCAGUUUGUUAGUUACUUAUGUUAUUGCAUCCGAGAGCUCUGUCAGCGGCUUUAUCGCCACAUACGAAACUCUUAAGGCGGUUCCUGCUCCAUACGCUUGUUCUAAAUCUUCCUCAGGCGACUAUGAUAGAAUUACACUACGUAACACUAGUGGUGAACUCGCAAGCUAUCAAUAUCCCCUGCCUUACUCCAAUGACGUUAGCUGUUCCUGGACAAUUGAGGUCCCUGUUGGUUACAACAUCAAUUUCACGUUUCACUCGUUUGAUUUACAACAAUCUCAAGAUUGUCAAGAGGACUAUGUUCGGAUUAAGCAAGAAAAAUAUUCCUGGCAGACGGGUGGCAUGUUGACAGACUCGCGCAGAUUCUGUGGUUCUUCGCUUCCCACAGCAAUUCAGUCAAACCACACAAAAAUGAACGUGGAUUUCGUGGCUGACAGUUCUGGAAGAUACCCAGGAUUCCAUGCAAGCUAUACAGCAGUUGAAGACCCGACCAUGGGGCCGUGUAAGACGCAAGGAAUAGACAACGUCAUUCCUUUAAGUGGAGAGACAGGAAGGCUUUUUUCACCACUGUAUCCACAGACAUUUCCCCGCAACAUGAAAUGUACCUGGAUUAUAACAGUACCGGAAGGAAACUUCGUCAAGUUAAGAAUAACGUCUCUUUUCUUCGCGUAUAUUUGCAAAGAAGGAACUAAUCUUGAAAUUCGUGAUGGCCAGAGUUCAUCAAGCGACUUGAUAAAAACAUUCUGUGGACAGGACUUUGAGAGUUCGGUGUUUUCCAGCGGUCGCCAUCUUUGGGUUCAGUUCCAGUCUUCAGAUGAUUCAUUCCAAUACGGAACUGGAUUCCAUGCCCUGUUUGAGAUGGUCAAUCAGUUACCAGCACCGUUUUCCUGCACUGCGCGCAACCUGCGGGUCAAGUUAAAGUCAGAGACUGGAACCUUGGCCAGUUACAACUACCCUCUGCCAUAUGAUGAUUCUGUUGAAUGUGUUUGGAGCAUCAAUGUGAAUACUGAUUCCAUAAUUGAACUGUCGUUCGAUUUCUUCAAUCUGUCCGACUCCGCUGACUGUUCUGAGGAUUACGUGGAGGUGCGUGAUGGCCUGUUUAGCGAGAGUGAACUUGUAGGAAAGUUUUGUGGAUCAAAUAAACCCUCAAAGAUAACUUCAGAUUUGUGGGACUUGCGCGUGGCGUUCAAGUCCAGUGGAAAAACGAAAUAUCCCGGAUUCAAGGCAACCUACAAAACAAAGAAAACAGGUCAGUUAAAAAUGAAUAACGUUUAA